ACAAAAGAAAGAAACACAAAUCUGGGAAGCGCAGGGGAAAUAUUCCCACUGCACUUCCUGAUAUGCCUUUGAAAAGGGUUAGCAAUGCUGGAAGCCGUGUGGGAGACUUCUCUCUCAGUGACUUUGUUCACAUGGACUUUGAGAAGGGUGCUUCAGCCACUUGCAGAUCAGAAGUUUCAAGCAUGAAGAUUCAUCUUACGCAGCUUCAAUAUCAUAGCCAUAGUCAAAUUGAUGCAAAUGGAAAAUUACAAGAAGAAGCAUGGUUUGACUCGGUUAGCAUUCUAGAAUCUGAUUCAGAUGAUGACUUCAGUAGUGUGCAUGGAGAUUGUUUUCCCUUUCCGGCCAAUGCUUUGGGUAGUGUUCCAAAUACUCAGUUACUUCAGUAUGAAAGUGCAUCCUGCUUUGUAGAUUCAGGGUGUAAAUAUGAGGAGUACUAUGAAAGCUACCUCAAAAUAGAUGGAGGUAACUGUAGAAAUGGAGAAAAAACUCAAGAAAACAACUCAAAGCAAUCGACAGUUAUCAUGCUUUCUGUUAAAAGGACAUCCAUUGAUGGAAAUGACAAAACUCCAUCAUGUUCAUCUGAGAAAUAUCUUUACCGUCCUAGAGCUGGGAUUCAGGUUCCAAUUUCAACUCAAGAAAAGCCAUUCCCUGGUUCGUGGUCUGUGGUUUCACCUUCAGUGUUCAAGCUUCGGGGUGAAAGCUUUUUCAGAGAUAAGCAGAAGUGCCCUGCACCUGACUCCAGCCCUUACAUACCAAUAGGUGUUGAUUUAUUUGUCUGUCCAAGGAAGAUAAAUCACAUUGCUAAGCAUCUUGAACUUCCUGUUGUCAAAGAACAUGAGACAAUGCCGUCCCUCCUGAUUGUUAAUAUACAGUUGCCAACAUAUGCUGCUAGCAUGUUCCUUGGUGAAGCCAAUGGGGAAGGCUUGAGUCUUGUGCUGUAUUUUAAAUUGUCUGAGAAUUUUGAAAAAGAAAUCUCACCAAAUUUUCAGGAGAUGAUUAAGAGCUUAAUGGAUGAUGAGAUGGAAAAGGUGAAAGGGUAUGCUAAGGAAAGCACGGUUCCCUAUAGAGAGAGGCUAAAAAUUUUGGCUGGGCUAGUUAAUCCAGAGGACCUUCUUCUGAAUUCUGCAGAAAGGAAGCUUGUACAUGCCUACAAUGGCAAACCAGUGCUUUCACGUCCUCAGCAUGAUUUCUUUAAGGGACCUAACUACUUUGAGAUAGACCUGGAUAUACAUCGCUUUAGCUAUAUAUCGAGGAAAGGACUUGAUUCACUCCGAGACCGUGUAAAGCAUGGAAUACUUGAUGUUGGCUUAACUAUCCAGGCACAAAAGCAAGAGGAACUUCCUGAGCAUGUGUUGUGCAGCUUACGAUUAAAUAAAAUUGAUUUUGUUAACCAUGGCCAAAUCCCUACCCUUGUCACUCUUGAUGACAAUUGA